UUCGAUUCCAAGCCAAACGAGUUUUUAAGUGAGUUGUUUUUUGAAUAGUUAUUAUUUCUUCUUCAAAAAAUUGAAUUAAAACAUGCCCAAGAGUUGAAGCUAAGCGCAUAGAGUAUAGCUCACUUGCACAUUUUAGACAUGGCAAUUAAAAUAUAAUUAGAAAUUUGAUCCGGUAACAUUCGAAAUUCCAUCACAUUGAUUAUAUACAUGCAGCAGUGAUCUUAUUGUUGCAAUUGUUUUUUCUUUUGUUUCGUUGUAUUUUUAAAACGAGUUUUCACGUGUGUUAGUAAAUGGGUGUUAAUUACGAUCCGAAUGAUCGUAUUUGCUUUCGAAACUUUCACCAAAAACAUCUUUUGACUGUGUGGCUGCAUUCGGCAGAAAAUGAGUGAUGUUUUUAUUGUAUCAGCUGCCCGAACACCAAUCGGCAAUUUCAAUGGAACCUUAUCAAAAGUGCCUGCAUCGGACCUUGGCGCAAUCGUUUUAAAAGAAGUAUUGAAUCGUGCCAACACAAAUGCAGCUGACGUUAGUGAAGUCAUACUCGGCCAGUCUCUUACUGCUGGUGCUGGUCAAAAUCCAGCGCGUCAGGCUUCGAUAAAAGCUGGAAUUCCACAAGAUGUGCCUGCAUAUUUACUGAAUAUGUUAUGUGGCUCUGGAUUGAAAUCGGUUUAUCUCGGUUUCCAGUCGAUUAAGUGUGGAGAAUCGAAAAUUGUUGCCUGUGGUGGUCAGGAAAGUAUGACACUGGCACCGCAUGCCGUGCAAUUACGUGCUGGCGUCAAAUUGGGCUCAACAAAUCUUAUCGAUACUAUGCUAAACGAUGGCCUUACUGAUGCAUUUAACGACAUUCACAUGGGCGUCACUGCCGAGAAUUGCAACAAAAAAUACGAAAACACUCGAGAACAACAAGAUGCAUACGCUGCACGUUCACAGAAAUUGGCCGAAACAGCACAGAAAAACGGAUAUUUUGAUGCUGAAAUUGUACCGGUUCCAAUUCCAAGCCGCACUGGUGUUACCUUAUUUGAUAAAGAUGAAUACCCAAAGCAUGAGACAACAGUUGAAACGCUUGCAAAACUGAAACCCUGUUUUGAUAAGAAUGGAUCAGUCACUGCCGGUAAUGCUUCAGGAAUCAAUGACUCGGCCGCUGCCGUACUUUUGAUGUCACAAGAGGAAGUACAAAAACGAGGUGCAUCACCAUUGGCGCGUAUUGUUGCUUUCGGUCAAGCAGGAGUUGAUCCAAUUAUUAUGGGCAUUGGUGCUAGCGCUGCUGUAGAUGUUGUGCUUAAAAAAGCCGGUUGGACCAAAGACGAGGUUGAUCUGUAUGAAUUGAAUGAAGCCUUUGCUGCUGUUUCUUUGUCAGUGAACAAAGAAUUGAAUAUUGAUGAGUCAAAAAUUAAUAUCCAUGGUGGUGCAAUUGCUCUUGGUCAUCCGAUUGGUGCGUCUGGAUGUCGUGUCCUUGUUACAUUAAUCUAUGCAUUGAAGAGAACUGGUGGACGUAAAGGAGUCGCUGCAUUAUGUGUUGGCGGUGGAAUGGGAAUUGCCAUUGCCAUCGAAGUAUUGUGA